AUGGUUGACUACGCCAACUGGCUCAAAUCCGUUUCCGACGACACUAAUAUUGGUCGUCUUUCUAUUCCAGGAACCCAUAACUCUGCUGCGUGCCACACUGCGCUUCCUUCUGUCCAAUGUCAGGGCGCAUCUGUUACCAAACAAUUAGAGCACGGAGUUCGGUUUUUGGACGUGAGACUGUCUCGCAACUUCAUCACAACCCACGACGAUGACGAGCACAGAAAUGAUCUAAUUGUCAUUCAUGGCAAUUUCCCCGUCAAACUGCUCGGAUCCGUCAAGUUCAGCGAGCUUUUGGACGAGGUGUAUAAAUUCGUCGACAAGCACCCUUCGGAGUUUGUGAUCUUGUCCAUAAAACAAGAGGGCACUGGUACCUGGGACAACCAGAAUGAUGAGUUUGCCAAUGUCAUCAAUGACCGCUUCAUCUCGAAAAAUAGGGACAAAUGGUACCUGCGUUCUGAGCUGCCAACAUUGAGAGACUGCCGAGGUAAGAUUAUCCUGUUCAGACGUUUUGGUGUCCAAAAUGGGGAGAAGCAAGGCUCUUUGGGUAUUCCUGCCCCAUCUUGGUCUUACAAUACCACUGAUGACGAUAGAGGAUGUAUCAGGGUUCAAGACUUUUGUGAGAUAAAGACCGAGCAAGAUAUUCCAAAGAAGGCGGAGUACGUUAAGAACAUGAUCAACAAUGCCAAGAACUACAACAGCAGUAACAGUGACCCAAAGCUAUUCAUCAACUUUUGCUCGGGAUCGAACUUCUUUGACCGUGACUGCUGGCCAGAGAAAGUCACCGAGGGUCUUAUGGUGGCCAGCUUAGACGAGUGCUACGGCAAGGGAUGUGGUACGGUGAUUUUGGACUAUAGUGAAAAGAACGACUGGAAGUUGGUCAAGAAGCUUGUUGACCAGAACUUUUAA